CUUCGCUUUACCGUCAUGGAGGAAACCGACUCCUUCCCGGUGGAGCUGUACAUUUACGACCUGUCCGGCGGCAUCGCCCGCCAGCUGAGCCUGGCCAUGCUCGGGGAACAGGUGGACGGAGUAUGGCACACUGCCAUCGUGGUCCAUGGAAAGGAGCACUUCUUUAGUGGAGAAGGCGUCAAGUCCUGCACGCCUGGUGGCACAUCAGUGGGAGAGCCUGAGUCUACAGUGAGCUUGGGCUUCACCCAGGUCAAUGCAGAGACAUUCAAAGAGUACUUAGAAUCACUGGCUGAGACCAAAUACAGAGGUGAGCGGUACGACCUGUUCGAGCACAACUGCAACACCUUCAGCAACGAAGUGGCUCAAUACCUCACGGGCGAAACCAUCCCAGCCUACAUAACAGACCUGCCGUCCAAAGUAUUAUCCACGCCGUUCGGCCAGAUUGUCCGUCCCUUCUUGGAGGUUGUGGUGAAUCCUAAAGGCAUCAGCAUCACUGAAUCGUGAAGAAAGUCCUGGAAAAGCUUCCAGGCCAAUGUGAGAGGCUCACUCCUGCAGCAGCUACUCUCACAGCCUAUAAGUUUUAAGGUUUGUUUCCGCAUUUUUAUUGCAAUACAUGUGUGAAGUUUUCAGCUUUUAUUAUAACCUCACAGUGACCGAGUGUCUGAAAUGUGAUGGAUUUGCUUUAGAAUAUCUCUUUGAGUAUUUCUGAAUUGGGUAAAACUUGAGUAAUGCUGUCCUCAGCAAAUGUUUUCUAUUGCCUUAUUGUUCUGUAUUUUAAAAAAUGAUGUGAUUUUUCAUCCGUAUGCGAUUCAUAAUCAAAAAGAAGCGAAGAACACCGAGGUUAGAGGUUUGCAGCGGGAAAAUGACCACCCUGCCUCACCCUCCCACUUAUCUGAGCAACGCAAGAUUUUACUUUUAUCUAGAAGUUUGCACUUUGAUGGAACCAGUUCCUACGAAGUAUGAUAAAAGCUGAGCUCACUGGAGUCCAUCAGCCUUCAGCACACUCAAUAAUGAGUCUGAACAAAUCUAAGGUGCUGUCGUUUAUUAUUAUUAUUUAUUUCAAAGUGUUUAUUUUCAGAAGACAAUACAGGACUAGUCGUUAUUUUCACUUCAUAAACAGAUUGUUACAUAUCCUGCAGGACAGAAUCAUAGUAAAAGAAAACCACUGACCUCCGGGGCGGCCGGUAGUGCUGUCGACUCUCAGUCUGAAGGUUGCGGGUAUGAUUCCUCAUCUCCUUCUGUGCACAUAUCGAAGUGCCUUUGAGCAAGGGCAAACAAGCAUCGGAGUGUGAAUGUGAUUACCAGUGCUCAUGCAGGGGGAAAGUGCAAUUUAAGUGAAAUAUCUUUAUUAAAUUUGCAGCAGAGUGUCGACUUCAUGAAAUUCCUGUCUCCAUUCUUAUUUUGACCAUGUUGAAUGCAAUUAUUUUUGUUAAAAUAUUUAAACCUCUUCAGGAAAAGAAAACUAAUUCUAUGCCGACCUGCAAAUGUUUACAUAUUGUUCAACCAAAUAUGUGUCAAUGUGAAAUUGUUAAAUCUGUUGUUGAAACUUGGC